CACGGGGGUACCGCGAUAAAUUUUAAAAUAAACGUGUGAAUUGUCCUUAAAAAAAAAAAGAAAGAAGCAAAGAAUGCCCUUUGAAAUGAAUCAAGAGACUUUUAGGAGGAACACUUGAGUGUCACAAAAGUUGAAUGUGAUUUUUUUUCUUCAUCUUGUUAUAGUUUUUUUUUUGUAAUAAAGGACUGUGUCCAAGACUCUCUCCCGUCUAACUAAGACCCUUUUACCUGUGAUUUUAGUGUUUAAGGAUUUUGUGUUUUUGCAAUUUUUGUGGGAUAUACAACACAAAGGAACAAAAGAGAAGAAAAAGUUUUUAAAAAAAAUUACUCAAACUCAUACGAUGCACAAGAAUAUCCCAUUAUUGAGAAAUCUCAGCAAAGGGACAAAGCUAUUCGCCCUCCGAUAGAGCCAUGCUGGAAAGGAAGCCACCCCGGGGACUGUCACCAAUGCUACUGGGGACAACGGCGGAUCACUUAUUGAAGAUCUGCAUGGCAAUUAUCAUCAUUCCUGGGGUCUCCUUUGCUGCAGCCUCCAAGUAUGAGACAGCAUAUGCGUGCGAGGGCAAAACUCUCACAAUAGAAUGUGAUCCGGGUAACGUGAUAAAUCUCAUUCGGGCCAAUUAUGGUCGCUUCUCCAUAACAAUAUGCAAUGAUCACGGGAAUGUUGAAUGGAGCGUCAACUGUAUGUCCCCAAAGAGUUUACGUGUCCUACAUGCUAAAUGUGCCCUAAAGCACAAAUGCAGUGUCUUAGCAUCAACAUCACUCUUUGGGGAUCCAUGCGUUGGGACACACAAAUACCUAGAGGCCCACUAUCAAUGUAUCUCCGCCACGCAGACGUCCACAACAACGGGUCGUCCGCCACCACCAUGGCUCAUUACGUCCGCACCCAGUGUUUGGACCUCAACUACACUACGUCCACAAUCUCCUAUUACACCACCAACUGAUGCUACAUCCUUGCAGACUGAUGCUCUGCCACUCACACCAACGGCAUCAUCUGAAACACCUACUUCCGUACCACCAACAGUACCUACUGAUAGUACAGAUUCUCAUUCAAUAUCCACAACAGAAGUCACAACGGGAGAACCAAUAAAUACGGUGGGAUCUAUAAAUCGCGUAAUGGCAUCAACAACACACGCAACGGAUGUAACGCACGUCAAUGCACACCGUGAUAAUGCAUUUUGUGGCCCAACAACAGCACGCAAUAUGUUCUGGAAUAUCACCCGUGCUGGUGAUGUUAAUGUGCAAUCCUGCCCAGGGGGCGCAACAGGAAUUGCCAAAUGGCGAUGUGUGCUUAAAGAUUCGGACACGGUGUGGCAACCAAUAAGCCCGGAUUUAGCACAGUGCCGUAGUCUUUGGCUCAAUAAUCUUGAAAUUCGUGUUAAUAUGCGUGAUUCAUCAAUAAUUUCUAUCGCCAAUGACCUCUCACAGGUAACGAGCAGCAAAACUCUGUAUGGUGGAGAUAUGCUUGUGACAACAAAAAUUAUUCAAACUAUGUCAGACAAAAUGGCAUAUGACAUUGAAACAUUCCCGGAUCAGAAGCAACGGGAGGCAAUUGUAUACGAACUCCUACAUGGGGUGGUACGAACAGGAAGUAAUCUCUUGGACGCUAGCCAAGCUAUGUCAUGGCAGGAUCUUAGUUUUGAGGAUCAAAUGCGCGUUGCAACAUCACUACUGACUGGCCUCGAGGAGAAUGCCUUCCUCCUGGCCGAAACAAUAAAUCGCGAACGAAAUAUUGUGCAGCGUGUUAAGAACAUUCUCCUUUCAAUUCGUGUCCUUGAAACACGCAAUAUUGCUGCAAGUGAAAUCUUCCCGGAUACUCAGGAGCAAUGGAGUGUCAGCCGGGAUACAAUUGAACUGCCACGGGGAGCUUUAAUUGAGAAUAGCGACGGUGGAUUGGUGCGCAUUGUCUUUGUUGCAUUUGAUCGACUGGAGAGUAUACUGAGGCCACCGGAAAUUGAAACUCCACAGCGUCUAUCACUUCCUAUUGGAAAUCAAACAACAGCUUCAGGUUCAAAGAAUCGUGUCCUCAAUAGUAAGGUGAUUUCAGCGAGUUUGGGCAAAGGAAGACACAUACAACUCUCCCAGCCAAUUCGUCUCACCUUCCAGCAUUUACGCACUGAGAACGUCUCUCAACCAAUUUGUGUCUUCUGGAGCUAUAUAGAUCAUGCUUGGUCUGAAGACGGAUGCCAGGUGGAUGCAACAAAUAGCACACACACAGUGUGCUCAUGCAAUCAUCUCACCAAUUUUGCCAUCCUCAUGGAGAUUGUUCCGACCACAACUGCGGAUGCGGCUGCAUCAUUGAGUCGCAAUGUUCGCAUAAUGAUCUACAUCAGCAUAUCACUGUGUAUAUUGUUUGUAGUAAUAGCAUUAGCCAUAUUUAAGCUGUACAAUGGGCAAUUUCUCAAGGUAAGCGAAACGAGCCAGUCUGCCACACAAAGAACCUACCCACCACCAACACCCUUUCACACACCACCCCCUGAAUCGCAAUCACGCCUCCUGGCACCCAUUCCCAAUUCCACACUGGCUGCCUUUACACUCCUUGCCAAUUUCAACAAUGUCCACCACCACCACCAUCAUCUCCACCAUCAUUUGCACCAUCAUCACGGUCGAUCACCCAAUACAGCAGCGGGGGGUGCAACGGGGGCACCUAAUAGUGCGGCGGGCCUUAAUGUUAUUCGCAAUAAUCUCGAAACAGUCAAUCUUCAUGAUUUUUCCGUUUAAUUCAAUACAAAAGAAGCAAUUAUCAUGGCGCGGUAACACGCGGUGUACAAUCUAUAGGGGAGACCGGUGCUAAUAAAGUCACUUAAGGGUUUGGAAAAAGCCUAAAACAUGAUCUGAGAAAGAGUUGUAGGGCAGUAAAUUUCCUAAAGAAAUGAGUAAUACAUUUCGCUUUAUCUAUUUGGGAAAUAUGAUAUAUUGAGCUUUUUCUAAACCCUUAAGUGACUUUUUUAACCCCGGUCUCCCCUAGCAUUUCCUAAAUAUCUACAUUUUUUUUUUUGGAUAACAAUUAGACCAUACAAAGAGAAAGAAAAGUUUGAAGAAAAUAAAAUAACUCAAGGAUUCUUUAGAUAAAAAUCUGAUUAUGCCUCUUUGAGGACAUUUUAGAGCGUCAUUUAUAAACAAACAAAAAAAGAGAUUUAAAGUAGAUGAAUGUUUGUGGACGUUGUUGGUGGUGGUACACACAUCCGUCCUUGCCAUAAAAAAAAACAAAAUAAAAAUUAAUUUAAAAACCCCACUGAUAUGAGACAGACUGUCGUUUUGAAGGAGACGAAAUUGUAUAAAAAAAAUGCAUGACAAAAUGUAAAUUAUUUAUUUAUUAUUAUUUUUUUUUUAAUAAUUCAGCCAAUAUAUCGCUUUUAGUUUC